ACCAGAACCCGGCAGUAGAGGAGGCGGAGGAUGACCGUGAUAAACCGAAGCUGCUGGAUGAGAAGGAGGAGAUGGAGCAGCCACAAAUCAAGGUGCCCAUGGAGGUACCCAAGAGAGAGGAGGAGAGAGGAAAGCCGGAGGAGAAAGUGCAGCUUGACCGUCCCGAUCAAGGGAUCGCCCUGCCCGUGGGGGAAGCGCAUCGCCACGAGCCACCCGUCCCGCACGAUGAAGUGGUCGUGGACAUGGGGCGAGAGCGGGAGGAAUCCGAUGAGAACAAGCUUGCACCCGGAGGAGCCAACGGUCGUCUGCUCAAGCCUGCGCUGGAGGAGCCAGUCAUGCCGAAUCCCCAGAAAGAGGCACUUGGCCCAAAACAAGGGAAGGAAGCGAUUGCUGAGAACCGACUGCGGGGAGGGACUGACGAACCCGUUAAGAAUCCAAAGAACGUCCUGGAGGUGAUUGUGCAGCAGGAUGGCAGGCUGCCAUACAAAGAGCUGGAGCCAGACAAACAAGUGCUGGAAGCCAAGGCACAAGCUGCUGUGCCGGACGGCGAGAAGAAAGCUGAGGCUGCAGGUGACAGGGAGAAAUCAAAGCUCCAGCUCCCCAGGAAAGCAGAGGAGGCUGCGAAGUCCGUGGAGAAAGAAGGUGACCCUGGUGAAAAGCAGGAGCUGGCCCUGCCGGACAGAGCGGAUCAGCUGGAGCCAAGAGAGAGCCGAAACACUGAGGAAAAGCCACAGGAGAAUGCGGAGAGCAAGCUGGAGGAAGCGGGGCAGGCGAAACUGCUUGAUCAUGCUGUGCUGCUGCAGGUGAUCAAAGAACAGCAGGUACAGCAGAAGCAGCUACUUGACCAGCAGGCAAAACUGCUGGCUGUGAUUGAAGAGCAGCACAAGGAGAUCCACCAGCAAAGGCAGGAGGAGGGGGGAGAGGAGAAGCCAAAGCAAGUGGAAACGCAGCAGGAGCCUGCUGUGCCUCUGUCCAAGAGCAAGGAGGACGAGGGCCUCAGAGUUAAGCAAGACGCUGCUGCAAAGCCGCUCAGCAAAGAGCUGUUGGAGCACCCUGCGCAGGGCCUGGGCAGGCAGCCUGCUGACUCCGCGGAGCAGCGCAGGGGGACUGCAGGAAAGCUGGAAGAGGCUGGGCACAGGCGUGAGGUUCCUGGGGUUCCUCCCAAGGAGCGGAAGGUGCCACCACAAGAGAAUGACAGAGCUGUUAAAAAUCACGCGGAGAACUGGGAUCCCCUUCACGGGGAUGCCCGACACAUUCCAGCAGCCAGAAACCACCUAGAAAAGAAGCCCUUGGCAGAGGAUUUGGGAGGAGGUCAUGAAGCCAAAGCUGGAAGAGACAUCCAUGAGAAGAAGAAUUCCCUGAAAGCCGUGGAAGUAGCUACAGCUCCCAUCCAAAGAGAACAGCUGGGGGCUGCCAAAGUUCAGGGAGUAGCAGGAAAGAGUCUGGAAAGAGACUCAGGAAUAGACCUUAAAGCCAAAGCACUGAGUCAGGUGGAGCCCAAAGACCUGGCAGUUGCUCUGGACUCCUCCAGUAAAAGGAACGUGGCGGAGAGCGAGCAGCACCUACGGGAGCGUCAGAGAGCUGCAGACACCGAGGGAGGUGAGGGUGCUGGCAGACAGCAGCAGGCCUCGCAGAGGGACCUGCCUGGCAAGGGGGAGGUAAAGGAAGAAGCUCCUCGGGAGAACGUGGUGGACGUGGCCCAGGACCUGCAGGGAGGUCUCCAGAGCAAGCAGCGGCGCGGGGACGGGGGUCUCUCAAACAAUGCUGAGAAGAAACCGGGCCCUGAGAAUGCUCCUGCCCAAAAGCCUGAGAAGGGAGCGGCUGCCCAGGGGGAGCAGGAGCUGGACCACGACGUCAAACCGAACCGGGACCUGAAACUGCAGGCAGACCUGGACCUCCGCCGGAGGAGACGGGACCUGCUGCCUCCCGAGGAGGAGGAGGAGGCGGCUGCACAGGGGGCGGGGGUCUUCAUUGGCCUGAACCCCCUUCCAGAUGUGAAAGUAAACGACCUCCGGAGUGCUCUAGAGACACGAUUAAACCAAGUUGCGGAGGGGGCUCAGCAGGUGGUCCACAGCCGGCAGAUCAAGCAGGUGACGCAGGCGGAUGGGAGCAUGUGA